AUGCCUCACAAGAAAUAUCAGCAGGUUGACGAGACAGAUGCCCUCUUGAGUCAUCACGAUCAGGUGCAAUACUGUGUCAUUCGCGCGGAAGAAGAUGUGCAACCAGACGAGGAAGCGAUGAGAAGGGAGAGGGAGGCUUUGGAAGAGAUUACUGCGAGAGCUACAGAUGACAUGAUCGAUGCCUCCCACCCUGUGGUGGGAGAGUACAGCUACCACAGUGAGAACAACGCGGACGAGUCCUCCACCAGCGCAGCAGAAACCGCCGACGAAGAAGCGUGGCUACGGAGCCUCGAGGCAGAUGGACUCGGCCAAAAGAUGCAAGUGAAAGGCCUGAACAGCGGCACACUUAUCAUGGACAUUGAUCAGCUUCGCCAGGACGAGUCUGCUCGUCCUUAA